AAUACACAGUGUACCUUGCUAUGUUAGCCACCAAGGGGCUCCUUUACGCUAGCUGAUAAAUAACCCAAAAAUUUAGAGAGGUAGAAAGUAACAGCUUGUUCUGGAAAUUAAUGAAAACAAUCAAUGUACAAAGCCCGCACCGUUUUACUUAUUUGGUUUCUGUACGUCUUUGAAUUAAAACGAGGUGUGUCUGAACCGAUCUCUUCUUGCCUGGGGGCCAGAGCAGACUGAGGAUCUACUUCCACAGCUCCAGAAAAUGUUGCAGAAAUGAUAGCGGCACAGGAUUUGCACGCAGAGUUCCAGUUUCCCCAAGAGUCAGAAUCUCAGUUGUCUUCAGAUGCAGACCUUGAGGAUCCUGAUGGACGAAAUGCCACAGCGGGGAGAGGCAUGGGAUCAAAGAGGGGGCGGAAGGUGCUGGGAGACAAGACCAAAGGUGGGGGAGCAGGGAGGAUCUCUGGUGCCGGCUGGGAAAACGGCCAUCAUCAGGAGAACGGAACGGAGAACAUGAGCCUCUUCGAAGUGGUUAAAAUGGGGAGGAGCGCAACACAGUCUGUUGUUGAUGAAUGGAUUGAGGCCUACAAGCAAGACAGAGAUGUGGCGCUUCUGGAGUUAAUCAACUUCUUCAUCCAGUGCUCGGGGUGUAAAGGCGCUGUGAGUGAAGAAAUGUUCAGACAUAUGCAGAACUCUGAAAUCAUCAGGAAAAUGACGGAGGAAUUUGAUGAGGACAGCGGCGACUAUCCUUUAACACUCUCAGGGCCACAGUGGAAAAGAUUCCGGAUAAAUUUCUGCGACUUUAUUGCAGUCCUCGUGCGUCAGUGCCAGUACAGCAUCAUAUAUGACGAGUAUAUGAUGGACACGAUCAUCUCUCUGCUCACUGGCCUGUCUGACUCACAAGUCCGGGCAUUUAGACACACAAGCACACUAGCAGCCAUGAAGUUGAUGACUGCCCUGGUGAACGUCGCUUUGAACCUGAGCAUCAACAUGGACAACACUCAGAGACAGUACGAGGCAGAAAGGAACAAAGUCAUUGCAAAAAGGGCCAAUGAUAGGUUGGAGCUGUUGUUACAAAAGCGAAAAGAGCUCCAGGAAAAUCAAGAUGAUAUUGAAAACAUGAUGAAUGCGAUUUUCAAAGGAGUUUUUGUUCACAGAUAUCGUGAUGCCAUUGCUGAAAUUCGAGCUAUUUGUAUUGAGGAGAUUGGAGUGUGGAUGAAGCUGUACAGUGAUGCCUUCCUCAAUGACAGCUACUUGAAGUAUGUUGGCUGGACAAUGCAUGACAAGCAAGGUGAGGUGCGACUGAAGUGCCUGACCGCCCUGCAGGGGUUGUUCUACAGCAGAGAGCUCGGCUCCCGCCUCGAACUCUUCACCAGUCGCUUUAAGGACCGCAUCGUGUCUAUGACUCUGGACAAAGAAUACGACGUUGCAGUGCAAGCUAUUAAGCUUCUCACGCUUAUUUUACAGAGCAGUGAUGAGGUUCUGACAGCAGAGGACUGUGAGAGUGUGUAUCACCUGGUUUACUCAGCGCAUCGACCCAUCGCUGUUUCUGCAGGAGAAUUUCUGUUCAAAAAGCUCUUCAGCCAUCGAGGUCCAGAGGAUGAAGGUCUACCAAGGAGGGGCAGGCAGAGCCUCAACGGCGGCCUUAUCAAGACCACUGUCUUCUUCUUCUUGGAGAGUGAGCUCCAUGAACAUGGGGCUUAUUUGGUGGACAGCCUGUGGGAGUGUGCGUCAGAGCUGCUGAAGGACUGGGAAACCAUGAUUAGCUUGUUGCUGGAUGAACCCAUGCCGGGAGAGGAGGCCCUCACUGAUCGGCAAGAGACGGCUCUGGUUGAGAUCAUGCUCUCUGCCAUUCGGCAGGCUUGUGAAUGUCAUCCUCCAGUAGGCAGAGGCUCAGGAAAAAGGGUCUUGACAGCAAAAGAAAAGAAAACUCAGCUGGACGAUCGGACACGAACCACAGAGAUGUUUGCAGUUGCACUACCUCUGUUAUUAGCAAAGUACUGUGUGGACAUCGAUAAGGUGACCAGUUUACUCCAAAUACCAAAGUACUUCGAUCUUGACAUCUACACCACCGGCCGGUUAGAAAAGCAUAUGGAUGCCUUGCUGCGCCAAAUCUGGGAGGUUGUGGAUAAACACACAGACACUGAAGUGCUGGAGGCCUGCUCUACAACCUACCACUAUCUGUGCAACGAGGAAUUCACCAUCUUCAACCGCGUGGACAUCGCCCGCUCACAGCUUCUAGAUGAACUGGUAGACAAAUUCAACAGACUUCUGGAGGACUUCCUGCAAGAGGGGGAAGAACUAGAUGAGGAUGACGCCUACCAAGUUCUAUCAACACUUAAGAAAAUCACUGCUUUUCACAAUGCACACGAUCUUUCCAAGUGGGAUCUGUUCACCAGCAACUACAGCCUCCUCAGCACAGGUUUGCAGAAUGGAGACAUGCCUGAACAGAUUGUGAUUCAUGCAAUGCAGUGCACACAUUACAUAGUCUUGUGGCACCUUGCUAAGGUUUCAGAAGGCAGUUCAAUAAAGGGUGAUUUGGUGACUCUGAGAAAACAGAUGAGGACUUUCUGCUUAAUAUGCCAGCGUUACCUAAGCAGCAUCAACACAGCCGUUAAAGAGCAGGCUUUCACAAUACUGUGUGACGUGUUGCUGGUCUUCAGUCACCAAAUCAUGUCGUCAGGCCGGGAACAUCUGGAGAAUCUGGUCUACGUGCCGGAUUCCUCUCUGCAAGCGGAACUGCUCAACUUCAUCUUGGAUCAAGUUUUUAUCGAUCAGGACGAUGACAGCAACAGCACAGAUGGACAACAAGACGAUGAGGCCAGUAAAAUCGAGGCUCUGCACAAACGGAGAAACCUUCUUGCAGCCUAUUGCAAAUUAAUUAUAUACAACGUUGUUGAAAUGAAUACUGGAGCCGAUAUAUUUAAACAGUACAUGAGAUAUUACAAUGACUAUGGUGAUAUCAUCAAAGAAACGAUGAGUAAAACGAGACAAAUCGACAAAAUCCAGUGUGCAAAGACGCUCAUAUUGAGCCUGCAAAAGUUAUUCAAUGAGAUGAUGUCUGAACUUGGCUUCAACUUUGACCGCUCAUCGUCAGCUUUCUGUGGAGUCAAAGAACUGGCUCGACGCUUCUCACUAACCUUUGGUUUGGAUCAGUUGAAGACUAGAGAGGCCAUUGCAAUGUUACACAAGGACGGCAUUGAGUUUGCAUUUAAAGAACCCAGUCCUCAAGGAGAAGGGGGUCCGCCACUUAAUCUGCCAUUUUUGGAUAUUCUAAGUGAGUUCUCAAGCAAACUCAUCCGACAAGACAAGAGGACAGUUCACAUGUACCUGGAGCGAUUCAUGACGUUUCAAAUGGCCCUUCAGAGAGACGACUGCUGGCUGCCCCUCAUCUCAUACAGGAACUCGCUGCAGGCCGGGAUGGACGACGACACCAUGUCUGUCGUCAGUGGGAUCAGCAGUCGGGGGUCCGUUCGAAGCAAGAAGUCCAAACAAUCCGCUGUAAGCAAAAGAAAACUGCCCGAAGAAGAGAACAGCAGCAGCAGCUUGGACGGAGUGUGGAUGAAUCGUGAGCAGAGUGUGCCCACGCCGGUCAUGAUGCACUCACCCCACCUCACUUCCACUGUGCUGAGGGAUCCAAAGAGGAUGAGGCCGGAGGACGGCUACGCCGCCACGUUCUCCAUGCCAGCAGAGCAGCACCUUCAUCAAGCUCUUCCUCCUCAACCGCUGCCUCAUCACCAACACCAGGCUGCCAUAGAUUACAACACCCAGGUUACCUGGAUGUUGACACAGAGGCAACAGGCUGAAGCCCGUCAGCACCAGGAGCGGAUUAGCAUGCACUACGCUAAGAUGAGGAACCACAUGCAGCAAGCAAUUCGCCGAGGAUCCGGAUUAAUGGAGGACGAUGAGGAACCGAUAGUGGAGGACGUGAUGAUGUCAUCAGAGGAUCGCUUGGAAGAUAUCAAUGAGGGCAUGGAUUUUAAUACGAUGGAGAUCGAUUUGCCUGCAUCUAAGAAUCGAAGAGAAAGAAAUGAACUAAAGCCAGAUUACUUUGAUCCGUCUUCCAUUAUGGAUGAUUCGGUUCUUAAUGUUUCAAUGUUCUAACACGAACUGGAUCAAAGACAAUGCAUCAUGAAAAUCCUCUUCUUGGAAGAAGAAAUGACCGUUCUCUGUGAAAUCUUUGAAAGGAAAAGGUUGAAAUGAACUAUUACAGUGGUCUUCUGAGACUCCAGUAUUUGCCUCUUUAACACUUAAAGACUUGGAGGGAGAGCCUCGUGUUAAAUCAUCCUGCUGUUUUCAAACACCGUCGUUGGUCAGGCUGCAGAGAGAAACAAGAUCCUGUUUCAGUACCUGAUCUCUAGAAGAAACUUUUAGAGGGGGGUACAUGUGGUCGGUGUGUGCAGGCUUAAUUUCAAACGUUUAAUGUUUAUCAUUUUCCCUUUUCUUGCAUUUGGUAUAUAAAGAGUUGUCUAAUGUAAAUACAUAGUGGCCAACAAUCGGGAGACGUGAACACAAUUUCAUUAACAUUAGACAGAUUUCUGGAUGAAAACUACUACUCCCGUGACUUUGGCUUUCAGUGAUUGUCUGAGAGACUUUAAUAAGAGAUUUUUUUUUUUUUAAAGACAGGGCGUCUCAUCUUUCUUAUAGCUGUUACUAACAGGAUUGAUUCCAGGUUAAUCUAAAGACGAACUUGCCAAACAUAUGAACACAGAGUGGUUUCAGGAUGACAGGACUUCUACACGGCCACUAAAUGAAAUAACGCAGUUAGUGCUAUUGUGUUCACUUCUUGUGCUGAUGAACUGUAGAUGUUGGCAUGGCAUGUAGCCAUAUAUUCAGAUCUGUACGCAGUAAAUUAUAACGUGAACUAGCUUGUCAUACUGUUCAAAGGCCUUGCCACAAGUGGAAUACAGCGUUUCCAGAUUUCUUUGUGAUGGUAUUUUUAAGGAAAGUGUACUGCUUUUAUACCCUAUAGAUAACUUUGAUUUAUAGAUAUUUUGUAUUGACAAUCAAGUGAAAAUUAAUGGUUUAUAAUCAUGCUAUUUCACCUAGAAACAUAAGUAAUCCUUUUUAAUUGGAAUAGAAUGGUGUUACUGCAGACAUGGCCAGUUGGUUCUGUUUUUGUUUCUUCUCUCUAUAAUGAAUGCGUGCAAAAGGUAUCUAUUACUUAAAUGUAGUUCUAAAUCAAAUGGAUGGUUGAUUCUAGAAAUGUUUUUUAGAAUUGGAAACCUUUACAGUUCCAUCAUCUUGACCCACCGUAAACAUUUAAUCUUUCCUAUAGCCUGUUUUUACAUUGUACAGUAACUAAUAUCUAAUAUUACUCAUGCCAUAUAUUUACAUUUUUGUAAAAAAAAAACAAGAAUACAAAAAACGCAUAAGAAAGUCGGGUGAUGUUUGUUAUUUUUUUAAUUCUAGUAUACAGUUGUGCAGAGGAUUUUUAUACAUUUUGGUUUUCCACUGUUGAUAUUAAGAAAUUAUGCUCAAUUGCUAAGGCUCAGAGUACUUUAGUAAGCUAUGAUAGUGUCUGGAUUGUAAAUUGUACAAUUACAAAGGUGUAAUAUAUUGUGAGUGUGUGCGUUUAUAUGUGCACUUUCCUCAUGUGUGAAAUUUGAUGUAGCGGUUAAAGUAAAACAAUGUUACUCUGACAUUAACCUACUAAUUUUUAAGUAUGCAUCCACAGUUGUUUUGUUUGUUUUUCAGUGGGUUGUUGCUAUUUUUUAUUUAUUUUUUUUGUACUGACCCGGCUGGCAAAUUCUUCCUUUAUAGAUGACGAUAUAUGCGCAUAUUGUAGCUAGACGCAAAUCCCUCAUUUCUCUAAACUGAAGACGGAUAUCUUGGUCAUAUACAAUAAGUAUUCACUUUGGGGAAAUAGGAAUGGUACACCCUCUAUUUAAAGCAUUUAAUUUUACAACGUUUAGGUUUUGCAUUGAACUGCUGAUCAUCUGAAUACAUCUAUAUGUUUAUACAUAUUUAAAUAUUUGCAUAUAUUAAAUUUGUGGGGUUUUUUUCUAUUUACAAAGUGCCCAUUGCAUCUUUUAAUAUUUGUAUUUAUGUCUGGAGAUGUAACACAACCAAAUAAAUCCUUUAAAACU